GCAAAAGAGUGGCGGACAAAUUGGUGACGCUGCCAUAGGCAACCGCAAUAAUUAUACAGACCGAGAGCACGUUGCAACAAAAUUCGACCACACCCCAGUUCUUCAUCCGCCCCGUGCCCCCCUUCCGUCGUCAUUUUGGGCUGUGGAGCGCUUCUUGUUCUUCCGUUCGUCUCUCAGAAAAAAAAGCCAGCUCUGUCAUAAAUGAGAAGCAGGACUCGAGUUUUCUGCAGAUUUGGCCAGACUUUUAUGGAGUUUCUGAAGGGCAGUUGUGGAGAUUGGUGCCUGGCCCAGCACAGCUGAACCCCUCGAGACCCGCGCUCGCCCCCCCUCAUCGUCCUCGCCACUAUAGGAGAAAAUUUUUCACGAAUCGAUCGCAACGUGUAACGGACCGUUUUUGAACGACAUUCAGGAAAAGCUCGCUCGAUUUCCCCCCCUCUCCCGGAUCUUUUACUCGUUUCGCGACUCCCUCUCCCUCUCCAUCUUCGCUCGCACUUAUUCUUCUCCAAAUUUCUCGCCUUAGGAGUCCAAUAGUUCGUAUUAUGGGGUAAACCCUCCCACUUGCCUAUCGAGUGUGUGUGUACGUAAUAGGGAAGGACUCCCUGGUACGAACGAACUCGUGUACAGAAAUCAUCAAGUGUUUAAUUUUCACUCAUUUUUACUUCUUUAUAUUUAUUCUUGAGUAAGUAAACUCUGCUGCUUCUCUGCUAGUCUGUGAUCGUCGGUUGUCUCGAAUCAGAAUCGAACUGAAACCUUCGGGAUUGACUGUUACUUCGUUUGCACGAGAAGUUGCGAAGGUGUGGGACAUGACAGCCAGCAGUAGUAAUCACCGUAAUUUGCCAGGGGCCCCCUCGCUCAUCGAGCACAAGAAGAUGCGGUUUCUCAUCAUCAACAAGCCCACCCAGGCCACCAUGCCCCAGUUUAUCAAGGAGCUGAGGAAGAACGGAGCGAGGAUAGUUGUGAGAUGCUGCGAUCCUUCCUACGACAUCGACCCUCUGAAGAAGGAAGGAAUCUCAGUUCUGGACUUCCCGUUUGAGGAUGGGGCAGCCCCGCCUGCUGAUCUGGUUCGCCAGUGGCUGGAACUUGUGGGGGACACCUUCAAGGAGGACCCCGAGAACUGCAUCGCUGUUCACUGCGUGGCCGGUCUGGGCAGGUCUGCUUACAUGCUUCCUGCCGACACUUUUCAAGGGCCGUUUCUGCUGCAGUCAGUGGAGGUGUUGGGUGCUUCCUCUUCUUUCUCAACCCGUUUCUGCUACAAUCGGUCAAGGUGUUCCUCUCCUUUCACUAUAAUGGCUGAAAGACCCACAAAACUGCAAGAUGCACCGAAAAGGUCAGAAAAUCCAGCUCAGCAAGCGCUGGAGAAGCUAUCGAACCAGCUGUCGUGUUCUGUGUGUCUGGAGGAGUACCGGAGACCCAGAGUGCUGCCCUGUCUCCACGUCUUCUGCGAGGCCUGUCUGGAGAAACUGGUGGGGACACAGAGAGACAAACUGAGUGCCCCGUGCCCCAACUGCCGCAAAACGGCCCGACUCCCAGAAGGGGGCGUGUCCAGCCUGCCCUACGCUUUCUACAUCAAUCACCUUUUCGAGGUGAGGGAGGUCUUGGAGAAGGUGAGCAACCCGGAGAAGGCGCAGUGCGACAAGUGCGGGGAGGGAGAGGUGCAGGGUUUCUGUCGGGACUGCGGCCAGUUCAUUUGCCAGCUCUGUCUUACCAUGCACGGCAAGUGGAAGGAAUUGCAGGGGCACGAAAUUUCCACCAUCGAUGAGGUCCAAGAAACAGCCUCAAAAAUGGUGACACCCAAAAAGGUGAGCUCCACGUGUUCGAAACACGCAACAGAGCCGACCAAGAUCUACUGCGAGACGUGCGAUGAGCUUAUCUGUCGCGACUGCACCGUCAAGACCCACCGCGACCACAACUACGACCUCGUCCCGGACGCCUUCCCCAAGCACAGAGAUGCCAUCCUUGCCUCCCUCGGUCCCGUUAAAUCUGAACUUGCUAGUGUAGGGAGCACCAUUGCACAGCUGAAGGCAAGGUCCAGCAGGCUAGACGAACGGGGUGUGGAGGCCCAGGCAGAGGUGAACGCUGUAGUAGACAAGCUCCAGGCCAUCCUAGAGGCUCGCAGGAGGGAGCUUCACUCCCAGAUAGAUGGUGAGGUGUGUCAGGGGAAGAAGGAGCUGGCGGCCCGGAUUGACGGACACGAGUUGAGGCAGGCCCAGCUGAGCAGCUGCGUGGAUGACAGCUUUGGAAGUAGGGGAAGUGAGGUGGGUCAAUUCAAAUAUCCUGAUGGAAUAACUGUCAAUAAAGAAGGAAAUGUACUUAUAGCGGAUAGAGAAAAUAGUAGAGUUCAGGUUUUUGACUCCAAUGGGCACCAUCUCUCAUCCAUCACUCACACCGGAGCAGGGGAGGGACUAAGAGGACCAGUCAGUGUGGCAGUUGGACCUGACGAUUGGGUGUAUGUGGUUGAAUGCGACUGUCCCAGAGUAUCAGUAUUUGAUGAGGAUUGCAAGUACAUCAAGUCAUUCGGGAAGAGAGGGGAACAGAGAUGGAGAGUUCAAUGA